AUGUGCUAUAAAAGAUGGCGCUUGCGCCAGAGGAUGUCAUUUGCGUUUGCUUGUUUUGUGGCGAUUAAUAAUAAUCUCUUCCCUGGAUCGGACCACUGCGAAGCUUUGCAGAAUCCAAGAUCCAGUCAUGAAUCACUAUUUAAAUGUGUGUCUGAAAAUCACCAUCUGCGUGUCUUUGUAUUGCUUAUUCUUAACAUGUCUCAUUAUGGUCAUCAAUGCAUCAUAUUACUCGGUAAAUAUCCUCAGCUUAUAUGCUACCUCUAUCAGACUUUUCGAACAAUAUGUGGAAGUGAAAGAAUACUCAGAUGUUUCUCAAAUACUGAGGAGGACUUUUACAAGAUCAGGAACAUGACUAACAAGAGGGAUGGAUGCAAAAUUAACAUCGAUCAAGUCAAACCCUUGAAUGUGUGCGUAGCUCUGGGCCGUUUAUAUGACCUAACUCUCUGCGUGCAUCAAGUUAAUGAAAUUCUGAAGGAAUUAUUCAUUGCCAGUGUAGACCAGGCAACUCAGGCCAAUGAAGCUUCUAUAUAACAUUGCUUCGCUGUAUUUGGUGAUUAAGAAGAGGUGGAGGAAUACAGUAAAACGCAGAUUUAUAAGAGAGAUAAAGAAUGGAUAUAACAAGAGUAGGUUUUUCUUUUUGUUCAAUUACUGUUUUUUUUUUAGGUUUCUGAAGUUACGAACUUCUAGUGUUAUAGCCUUUUGGGAUUUAUCGAUGGUUUCAUUAUGUAUACAUCGUUUGGGCAGUGUAAAGGAAUGUGUUUGUAGGUUGCAAAUUAUUGGCUUUGGUACUCACAUAGUUAUAGGAAAACCCAAUCUGAAUUGUAAUAGCUGUGAAAUUAAGUUUGAAUAGAAGUAAAUGUUUUGUGUUAUGAUUUGUAUAAAGAAUUUUAAAUUUAAUUUGAAUAGUUUAUUUGAAAUC